AUGGAAGACAUUGUGAACGCCAUUGGGUGUGUCCAAUUGCCCACGGGCUCUAAGGUCUACAGCCGGUUGGAAAAGUAUGGCCUUGCUGCCGUUGGUGGACGCCCCGGGGAUGUUGGCGUUGGUGGUUUAAUUCUGGGAGUCGGAAUCCCCUUCUUCUCCUCCAAAUACGGCUUUGCCUGUGACAAUGUCCAGCAGUUCGAAGUCGUCCUAACCAACUCUACCCCCGUCAAUGCCACUGCCACUUCCCAUCCUGAUCUCUUCAAGGCCCUCAAAGGCGGUGGUCCCAACUAUCGCAUCGUCACUCACUACACCCUCUACGCGAUCUCCACCAACAUCUGGUACCAUGUCGUCCAAUACAACGAGUCCGACUAUAAGGACGUCCUCUCCGCCAUCUUCGACACGCAGGGCUAG